UGGACUGGUUGGAGAAUUGAAUGAAUAGUGCAUGCAUGUCUGUGAGAAAGUGUUUAUAUUUAGAAAUGAUGUAAUGGUUUCAAUUUCAAUUGAAAUUCCAUCAUAGAAGAAGAGCAUAGAUCGAAAAAAGCAUUCGCAGCAUUUGUUUGAUUACUAGACUAAGUUCAAUGAGUAACCGGAUAAUUAUUAACAGUUAGAAAUAAGUCUGGCAUUUGUUUAGUUGUUGCCUGCAUUUCAAUCAAGUUGGAUAAGACUAUAAUUUGAAUCAUGGGCCUUACGAACUUUCAAAUAAUUCUUGACAGCCCAACUGGAGCUUACUAUGCUGGUACAAAUGUCACUGGAAGGCUUCAAUUUAAGCUAGACAAACCGAAGAAAAUAAGAGCAAUUGUAAUACAGUUCGUGGGAGUUGCGAAAACAUCGUGGAGUGAGACUGAAAGCGUCAGAAAUAAUGAUGGCAACACGGGGAAUGAAAUAGUCACCUUCACUGCAACUGAGGAAUAUUUCUCCAACAAAUAUAAUCUUGCUGGAGGCCCAAACAGUGAGAUAGAGAUUCCUCCUGGAGAUCAUGUGUAUCCCUUCAGUACAACUCUUCCGCCAAUGCUCCCUUCGUCUUUCGAGGGAGAGCAUGGAAACAUUCGGUAUACUGUGACGGCUACCCUCGAUCGACCGUGGAAAUUCGACCAACACGUGGAGAAAGUAUUUACAGUAGUCACUCCGGUUGACCUGAACUACAAUCUGAAGGCAAAGGAACCAGUAAAGUUGGAGGUUGAGAAGUACUUUUGCUGCUGUUGGUGCAAGUCCGGACCUCUAACUAUGGUCAUCAACCUGCCGUUCUCCGGGUAUGUACCGGGACAGAACAUCCCGGUCACCCUGGAGGUGGAUAACGCCAGCAAUGUGCGGGUGGACAGCGUGGUCAUUCGAUUGGAGAAGGUGCUCAAAUGGAAAGCUCGAGAGCCGAAGAACAAGGAGCGCGAGGACAAGGUGGAGAUUGUCAAGUUGACUUUGGACGCUAUAGAGGCUAACGGCUCCAAGUCUUACACGCAUCAGAUAGCUGUGCCGAUGAUGCCUCCUUGUAAUCUGGACCAGUGCUCUAUCAUCAACUGCGGCUACUCACUCCAGGUGACAGCAGAAGUCAGCGGUUGCCAUAGUAACUUGUAUGGUGAGGUGCCAAUAUUCCUGGGUACAGUGCCGGUAUACCAAGCCCCCAUGGCCCCACCACCAGGUGCUCCAGACACCAUCCCCUCCGCUCCCCCGCCUGGGGCCCCCGUUGGAUUUAUCGCCAACCCAGGACCCACCGAGGGAAACAUGUAUCCUACAUUGCCUCCUAUGCCUGAGAUUCCGUCCGAGCCUGUGCAACCUGAAUGAAUCUCCCAAAGAUCUUCCUAUCACCAAAUAUCAUCUUGUAAAAGUUAAGCUGGUUCUCGAGUCAGAUUUUUGCCUUAAAUUGCUAUAACUUAUCUAAUAUUUAAAAUUUAUAACCAAUAUAUUUCCUAUUCUAUAACCUAUAUUUAUCCUAUUAAUGCCAAAGAUUCAUUAUGUAUUUGAGUUUUAAACUUAUAUGGAGAUCUAAAAUUAUUAAAUUUUAUUUUUAUAGAUAAGAUAAAUUUUGUUACCUCUCUUCUUGCUCUACAAUUUUAAAUUUAAUUGAUUUCCUUUAUCCAUGGCAGCUUAAACGCCUCCUCCUUAUAUUUUGAACACUUUAACAGUGACGCUUAUUAUAUAAAUAUUUAUUUUAUUUUUAUUAAAAACUGUUUUAUAUCUUAAGUGAAAACUUAGUAGGCAUAAGUGGAUUUUACCUUAUUUAAUAACUCCACAGGUUAUCGCACAUUAUCUCUACUGUUGUAGGUUUUAAUUGUAUUGUAAUCAUGUGAAUCAAAUCCGUCACUGCGUUAUAUAAAAUGUAAUUACUUAAUCACUAAGACUGCUUAUGUUAACCUCGGCAUCAACACAUUGUACUGCCUUUUUAUAUACGCUUGUACUAACUAUCGGGGAGUUAGAAUCCAUAUGUAAUGAAAAGAUUAAUAUAUAACCACAAUUAUUUAUAUUUUGUUACAAUUUUAUUUAUUUUAUUAUUAUUAUACUGUAGGAAUGUUUAGGGCUCUUUAAUGUUCUGAUUAAUGUCUGGCUUUUGCCAAAUUUUUACAUGUAGCUUACGCUGGGUUUUAGUUUUAUUUCGUCAUCACAUGUUACCAUGAUAGCCUGAUUUAUGUUUAUCUUAAACUUUAAAAGCUAUGUGGUUGUAAUUUUCAUGGAAGACUUGGAAAGCAACUGUAAUACUCCAGAAUCAAACCAUAUAUUACCUUAGCGUGUAAGGAUGUUAAAUCAUAGCAUAGACUAACCAACACAAGUAGACUUCUCAUCCAUUGUAAAUUUUGAAGCUCGUUUUUUGUUACUAGUUCACGUUGACUAAAUUUUUUCUAUUAUUUGAUGGUUCAUGAUUUGUGCUUUACUGUGUGGUUAUAUAACUAUGGGACGAGUUAUUGUUUAUGAUUAGAUCGUUUUAUUUGGUUAAACGAGGUUUUAAAUGACUGAAAUAACAAGAAACUAAUUUUAAACAAAACACGAGCUCUACAGUGCUACGGAACAAACAAUAACAUUGUCUUCAGCUGAUCCAUAAGGAUGAGAUGUCUAGUUUUAUAUAUGAUUCUAGUGAAAAAGAUUGUUGGAUUUAGAUGAACUUUUAGUUGUGUGGUUUGUUCUGUCGUUGUGUGUUGUGAAAUGUGGGUUAUGAGUCUAGAUAAUUAUAAAUGUUUUUAAAUGUAAUAGUUUGUACCAAUUAGGUAAUGUGGUAGUAAUGGUUUUAGCGAUUACUGUCACAAUUACUAAAAUUGAGAAUGAGGUAAAACAGCUAAUGCGUUACAAAACCAAUAUUUUGAAUCAAUAUCAAGAAACUUUAAGAGCUAAUGUCAGUAAUGUGGCGAUUCUCUGGGAGAAGAUUAUAGUCAAACCGCUAAAAGCAUCAAACUCUAGAGGCUUCAACACCACCAUUGAUAGUUGGACUGUUUUAUUGUGUUUCAUAAUUAUAUUUUAUGGUAUUACAGGGAGUUGAAGCUUUUAAUAAAUUGAAUUUGUAAAGUCUUCUAAUGCAGAUAAUGGUAACUUAAAACAACCUACAGAUAAAACAUUUGAUUGUAAAUUUUGUGCAGGUUGCUGACAAUACAUUGACUGUAGACAACCAUUCAGAGCGAACAAUAGUAUAAGACAAAAACUAAUCCUUCAAUAGAUUAAUGGCAAAACUAUUUAGUUGUAGCUUAAUUUAAUAUGUAACGUUAAGUAGGCAAGAUUUAAUUUCUGUUUGAAAUGUAGUUGUCGGAAAAAUGACAAAAGACUGUUGUAUUUGGUAAACUUUAUCACAAUUUCACAAACAUUUUGGCAUAGCACUUUGUACAUAAAAGAACUAACGCCUUGUAUGACUGAUCACGUUUAAAUAAAAUUUCUUAUAAAUUUAAUCGGUCAAAUAGAUUUAAAAUACUAAAUUAAAUUAUUGGAAACACUACUUUAGCCACAUUUAUAUUAAUUCAUUAAUUGCUUUCAAUUUAUUUUAGACUUUUUGAUGUGACUGGUUGAUGUUUAUAGAUGUAUAUGAAGUUUUACUAUAAGGAUAAAAAUAGCACAGGAGUUGUACGCACAAAAGAGUCAAAAUGUAUCUGAUAAUUUAGACACAAUUACGAGAAUAAUUGUCUUCCUAAUGUAAAACUCCCUGAAUGUGGUGUAAGAUCAAUUUAUAGACUGAUAUUAUGGUGGUGCUUCCAUGUUAUAAAGGUAUAACGUAGAAAAGAGGGCUGUUCAGUAAGUAACAAAUGUUUUAAAAUAAAAUAAAAAGUAAUAAGCAAUGAAAAAAACUCCUUAUGUAUAGAACAAAAUGUUGGUCUCCCAACUUUUGUUUGGUCAUUUUGGAUCUGAACACACAAUUUCCGGACAGAAAUUUCUUUUUUAAGUAUAUGGAAAAAAAACAUGGCAAACCACACCACUUUACUGCCAUGAUUUUCAAUUGCAUCAUAUUUUUUUAACUUUUUAAAAUUUUGUGACAACAGGUAGCACAAUAACACUCCCGAUGUGAUGUCUGGACAGUCAAUGAGUAGGCGUAUGUGUUUGCUCCAGAAAUUUUUGACGUCACAUGGAAAUUUUUUUUGCUUUCUGAACAGACCUCGUAUAUUAGCUCUCUGGUACCAAAAACGGGAACUUAACAUUUUCAUGGCCUAACUCUGAUCUACUGUAUUGAUUCAAUUUAAUCAUAACUUAUAUAAUCUCUCUUGGUCGAUCUGUUAAAGGGUAAAGGGUAUAUAGACCCUCCUGACAAAUUUGUGUAAGUUGUUAUAAGUUGUUGAGUAUAGAUGUUUAUAGAAAUUGUGUUUGGACAAGUAAGAGCUUAAAUCAAUUAUAGCAAUAAGAAUUGUAAAUCACCUUAUUUAGGAAUUUUUAAGUAAAUAGGCCUAUAUAUAAUGUUAAUGUUUUUUUAUGUUUUCUACUAACACUCUAGUGUACGUUGUGCCUUUUAUAUACCUUUUAAUAUGCUUGUUGAAAUAUAACUGUUUGAAUUC